UUCCUCUCUUCUCCGAAGUGAUCUUCCGACAAGAAAAAAUAUGAAUCUCAAGUCGUUCAGGAGUGACCAUGGAACCCUUCAUUCUAUGAUUGGAACCGAUUUUAACGAGCUCACUAUCGCUGCUAAGAACCUAGCUAGCCACACCUUCACGCUCACUGGUUUACGCUUUGGUACCUCUGUCCUCGAAUGGGUUGCUUCUAUCGCCGCCAUAUAUUUGGUGUUGGACCAAACCAAUUGGAAGACGAAUAUGCUCACAUCGCUUCUCAUUCGUUAUAUCAUCUUCACUGCUCCUUCCUUGAUCUUUGGUAUUUUCAGAGGAGAAAUCGGUAAAUGGAUUGCGUUCGUAGCUGCUAUUGUACAACUCUUCUUUCCUAAACAGGCCCAAGAGUACUUGGAAUUACCAGUGGCUUUGGUUCUGAUCGCCCUGGUGGCACCAAAUUUAAUUGCCGGCACAUUCAAAGACAGUUAGAUUGGUUUAGCCAUU